AUGUCCACCAUCUUCACCUGCGUUUACCUAUCUGUGCACAUCGAUGUGCCAGACCAGUCGAAGGCGAAGGAAUUUGUGGAAGCGCUGCGAGACAUGCCGAAGAACUGGACCAGGAGGACAGUUCGCCACCUCGUUCCUCUAUGGCAUCUCACAGCACGCCCGCUUUGCAGACGGGUGUUCUGGAUGGUUUUCAACAUCUUCGCCCCGGAGCUCGUCAUACUCGUUGCCAUAUUGGAGCGUAGGAGUGCAUCUGACGGUGUCAAGUUCAUGCGCAGCCGAGGGCGGGAUGAUUGGAACGUAAAGCUCGCCUUCUUUGCCGAUAUGGGUGGCUUCGAGCUCGACGACGGGACACACUUCCGCGAUGGUCUCUCGCUCCUCAAAUGGUUCGAUAACCUCCAGAGGACUCACGACGAGGGCAUAAUGCUGAACAUUGACCCACUGGUGGAGGAGAUCAGCAAUCGUUGCAACGCAGACCUCGUGCUUAAGGUCUUCACUUGUCUGCAAGCGCUGUGGCUUCUUGUCGAGACGUCCGUGCGUCUUGUGGAAAGGAAGGCCGUCUCCAAGCUAGAGAUAACAACCUGCGCCUACAUCUUCUGCACCAUCUUCGCAUACGCAUGUUGGCUGCAAAAGCCGUACGGCGUCGAAGGACGAGUCACCAUCCGAGACAAGUACAUCGUUCCUCGCAACGGACACGCUUUACCACAACAGAGCUCCCCCUUGUCGCGAAAUCGCUCAUACUCCAUACUACACACCUCAGAGCCGGCUCCGUCACUGACUCCUCUCGUUUACACAGGAAGUCUCAUGAUGGGUUCUCAGAAAACGGAGAGCACACCUACAUACCUUCCUAUCAUGAUUUUCCCCGGUGCACGCUUUACCCCCUUCAAUCGAUCCUACCUGCAUCCGGACGCCUCUUGGCCACUUGGCUGUCAUAUCGCUGGCCUCCUCGGAGCCGUUGUGGGACUUAUCCAUGGUAUUCCUCUGUGGAAUGCGUUGUUCGUUACCACCACUGGCCAAUGGCUAUGGCGUGCUUCUUGUAUCACGCAAGUUGUUAUGCCAGUUGCCAUUGCCGCGAUUGCGGUCAUCGAGCUCUGGUACAGUGGUGUAUUGCUCUUUCUGGCUAUGCUUUUGAUGGCUUUCCUCUAUUGCGUCUCCCGCAUGGUCUUGUUCGCUCUCAUCUGGAUCUUCUUUUGGAGCCUCCCCACUAGUGUUUACCUUGAUAUUGACUGGGCGUGGGCAUACGUUCCUCAUUGGCAUUAGCUAGAUUAUUCUUAUGACUUUGCUACUUUCAUCGAUGUCUAGUUUACAGAAAGAGCUGCGUUCUAAUAUAUAUGUAUGGUACGCUUUCGGUUUCCCGUCUUCAGUCAUACAAUGUCUUGGG